UCCUGAGUAAGGAUCUCUAGUACAGUCUCCAUGGAGACAGUUCCCUGGCCCCUAACUUCACCUUCGCCCUGCGCUUCCUCCCUGAGACCUUCCACCCUCACACCCCCGACACUCAACUGCCUGGAGCUACGCCACAAGUCCCUCCUUCUCUCUCUCCCUCCCUUCUGUCUCUCAGGUGGACUGGCCGUUGAACAUCAUCAUCACAGACAGCUGUAUGAACAAGUACAACCGUCUCUUUUCCUUCCUGCUGUAGCUAAAACAUGGUGUGGAGCCUCCGGGACAUCUAGUUCCACCUCGAGGACCGGGGUCUGUUGACAGAGAAGGCAUGAACCUCAUCCACAGCAUCUUCAGUCUGAUCCUGAAGUUCCGGGCCCAGCUGAUAGCACAGCCCUGGGACAACCAGCAAGGGGAGGCAGUGCAUCCAAGCUUCAUCGCCAUGCAGAAGUCAUACAACACCUUCAAAUACUACUCCCACUUCCUCUUUAAAGUGGUGACCAAGCUGGAGAACCGAGGAUAUCAGCCUCACUGGGAGGACUACCCGCACCACAUCAACAACUACUACAAAGACUCCUGA